AUGAGCACUGGCUGCCAAGAGGCCCUGAAGGCCUCACUGUACGAACAACAGCAGGAUGGGAAGAAAAGCGAAGAGGACCCAACGGCGCAUGGUGGCACCCUCUCCGAUGCAGCGGCCCGAAGCUCUCCUGAGAGCAACAAUAUCGGGGAUAUUCCAGUCGAGAGCUUGCUAAUUGUUUGGAAUCGAACGCAAGCAAAGCAUGUAAAAGUGUAUACCAACCCUCACCCGAUGGGGGUAUCCUCGAUUGACUUUACCCCAGAUGGAAAACUCCUAGCCACGUUAUCGAGCCUCAUUCCUGAAAAUUACAUCAUGGGAAAGGCGCCGUCCCAAAAAGCAUCCGAGUGUCUGGAUACCCCAGCAAAGGAAGGAACUGAGCGUGCAGAUUAUUCCGACACUACAAAUAGAAACGGAAGCGCAGUUCCAUCAGACAUCUACCAAGGAGUGGCAAUCUGGAACUGGAAAGACUCCGGGCAGGUCUACCUAUCUGCUUCCCACUCUUGA